UCACUUCCUGAUUUACUGACUGUCGGCAGUAUGUCCAAACACUUUCAAACAGCUCUGCUGCUCUUCCUCUCUUUACAUAACUCUUUGGGCGCAUAAAACGACACUUUAUCGCUACUGGUGGAAAUACCAACAGUUUUUCACUUUAUUUGAGAAAGACCUGCACAGCACGCAGUCUCGCGGCAGGUGAAUUCAUCGAUGCGUAUGUUUUCCUGGCACGUUUAUAUCGGGUUGAGGGUGUUUUAAAAUGGCGCUGGCAGCAUCAGAACAGGGUCGGCAGUGAUGAUGAAGAAGUGAUGGCGCACACACACCUGCAGCAGGAUCAUGGCAGAAGCAGAACACACGUCCAUUGGCAGCAACACAAACUGUCAUCACAGCAAAGAUGGUUCACAAGUCUCUUCAGUCAGUGACACCUCCUUCAACCAGAUUGCCCCAAAGACUCUCAUCCAACGCCAUCUCAACCAUCACAUGCCCUCAGAUUCUCAGCUAAAACAUGUCUCUCACAGCUGCAAUCCAUUCACUCCCUUUAAUGGCCAAUGUGAUGAUGAUCGCAGUAGCUUGGCCUCUCAAGACUCUGGUAUCCCCACCCUUGAGGUCAACCCUCCUGAGCAUAUCCAUGCUCGAGACACCACUGCCGAGCUGGUUGUUCCACCUGCACACAAUGAUAAUCCAGCAACACUAAACUUGGAUGUCUCAGAUAACUCCUUACUUAAAUCUUCCACCUUCCCCCGUUGUGACUUUGACUCAGUGCGUCUCUACGGUGCAAGUGGACUCUGCAGUGGGGCAGGCAAGGGUACGUUGAACCGUAGUGAUGAUAUUUCAGUCUGCAGUGUGUCCAGUUUAAGUACUGAGUUUUCUGCCACAUUGUCAGUCAGUAAUGAGGACUUCCUAGACUUCAUGGUUACAUCGGAGUCCAGCGCUGUCGUUACAUUUGAGAAUGAAGAUGUCAUGCACCGUUCGGGCAUUUCGCUGUCACCCCACACUGACCUACACAACAAGCUGAGCAGCCCACAACAUCAGCCUGUGGGGCUGUCAAUACCACAUGAGGCCAGGCCGAAAAGAUUGGGUCCUCUUGCCAGCUUCUUCCACAGGAGGAAGAAGGACACUGACGCUCCGGACAGUCAGAGAGAACCUGGAUGGAAGCUGUUUGGUAAAGUUCCACUUAAAGAGUCUUCAACCAAAGAUCACAGGAAAAUACAAAAGGAAUAUGAAAGGAGUGGACACACAGGCAAUCCCACAUCUCCCAAAAAGAAUGGAAGAAAGAACCUGGACUUUGAGCCACUUUCAACCACAGCACUUAUACUGGAGAACCGCCCAGCGAAUCUUCCGGCAAAGCCCGAAGAAGAGGCCCAGAAACACAGACGAGAAUAUGAGGAGAUGGUGGCUCAGGCCAAGAGGAGAGAGCUUAAAGAGGCCCAGAAACGGAAGAAGCUGCUGAAGGACAGGUGUAAAGUAGAGGAAACUAUUGGCAAUGCUGCUCUCACCUGGAAUCAAGAAAUACUGCCCAACUGGCAUAGCAUGUGUUCAACUAAGAGGGUGAGGGAUUUGUGGUGGCAGGGUCUACCGCCGAGUGUGAGGGGCAAAGUCUGGAGUCUAGCAAUAGGCAAUGAACUCAACAUCACUGAUGAGCUGUAUAACAUCUGUUUGGCAAGAGCUAAGGAGAAGUGGAAUACCUUUCUAGCUCCACCGGCUUCUACAGAAACAGAAUGUGAAGAUACAGGCUUGUCUCAUGCUGAUCGAGAGGCCAGUCUAGAACUGAUAAAGUUAGAUAUAUCCCGAACCUUUCCCAAUCUCUGUAUAUUCCAACAGGGGGGUCCAUACCAUGAUGUAUUACACAGCAUUCUGGGAGCCUACACCUGUUAUCGUCCUGAUGUGGGAUAUGUGCAAGGAAUGUCCUUUAUUGCUGCUGUGUUGAUCCUCAACAUGGACACUGCUGAUGCCUUCAUUGCUUUUGCUAAUUUGCUGAACAAGCCUUGUCAAAUUGGUUUCUACAGAGUAGACCACAGCCUUAUGUUGACAUACUUUGCAGCAUUUGAAGUGUUUUUUGAAGAAAAUCUACCAAAGCUAUUUGCACAUUUUAAGAAUAACAGCCUGUCGUCUGAUAUUUAUUUAAUUGACUGGAUCUUCACUUUGUACAGUAAAUCCCUCCCACUGGACAUUGCAUGUCGUGUGUGGGAUGUCUUCUGUCGAGAUGGCGAGGAAUUUCUCUUCCGCACAGCACUUGGUAUCCUGCUUCUUUACGAGGACAUUCUCGCACACAUGGACUUCAUCCACAUCGCUCAGUUCCUGACACGCCUUCCAGAAUCCAUCUCUGCUGACGAGCUCUUCUCUAGCAUAACCAACAUCAAUAUGAACUGCAAGAACAAGAAAUGGACACAAGUUUUUCAGACUUUGCAGAAAGGACAAGAUCGGGGCAGUCCACUACUGAAACGCUAAGGAAACAACCUCAUAUUUUACCUUAAAACUUACAGAGACAAAGAGACAACCUCAUGUUCACUCUGCAUGUGUACUCCUGCUUACCUCUGGUACCACAUCAAAGAAUAUCAAGAAUUUAGUGGGUUUGAAAUUCCAUUAGCCUCCAGUCUGUGUUCUGUUCCAUACAAACAGUUACUUUGGAAUACAAACUGAGCACACAGGAACUGUACGAGACCUUAAACAACACGUCACAUAAAUGUACGCUAUCUGUAAAUCAGAGUGGCAGGUGUGAUCUGGUGAACGUGAGUUUGUAAAGCUCAACUCUGUUUUCUGUCUCUGUCCUCUCUUUAUUUCCACCCUAACCCUUUAUCUUUUCUGUUAUCCUUUUGUUUCCUUCAGCUCAAGCUUGGCCUUUAAAUUGAAGCAAAAUAAAUGUAAAUGUUUUGCUGUGAUUUUAUUUGAUGUUUGUUUUAUUAUCUGUGGUUCAUUAUGUUUUUAGUAAAUAUGAAUUGACUUGAAAUAAGAUUCCUGGUCCCUUUUCCUGACCUCUUUGUGCUUCUAUUGGCGUUCUUCCCUUGUAGUAUGUUGACGUCACAAAGGGAGUUAUUUUUGAACAAAUUAGAGGUCGACCAAUGUAUCGGUUUUACUGAUGAAUCUGUGCCGAUAGUUGCUUUCGGUUAUUGGCAAAAAUCUACUCCGAUUUUUUUUUUUAAUUAUUAUUCUGUUCCUCUGUUGCCAAAACCUUCUAUUUGGUGAAUAUAUAGGCUACAAAAAUCUUAAUUUGGUGAAUAUUUACAUAUAGAGCAUUGUAAGGGAGCCAAGACUCUGUUAUGGUCCAAAAGCGAACAUUUUUAAAACAAUGAUAUAUUAUAGAUAAAUGAUCAACUGUAUAUUAAUUACAGCAUACAGUAUAUAUUUGACAAUGUUUACUUUAUAGUGAUUAUAUACAUUAUAGAUGAUUGUAAGAGUCCAUGUUUUGUUUCCUUUGUGUUUGUGUAAGCUGAAAGCACACAUUUCAAAGUAAGAGUCCCCGGUCCAUUUCAGGCUUGUUCAAAUUAAAAGUCACGUGUUAUGCACCAAAUCUUAACUUUUUCUGGUUAUUGGGAUUUUGGUUGACAACAAAUGCAUCUGGGAUUUUACACAUUUUAGACUCUUGCAGGCCUCUAUGCCCAACUAUUUUUUUUUUAGCAUUCAAUUAAUCAACUUUAAAAACUAUCGGCUGAUUAAUCAGUUAUCUGCCUUUUCCACCAGCUUAAUAUUGUAUCGGAAAAAUCCACUAUCGGUCGACCUCUAGAACAAAUCAUUAGAGGAACUAAUGCUUUUUGCCCACUUAUGUAAGUUUUACCUGUUACAACAUGUAUCUGUAAUCUGUCCUUUCAACAAAUGUUUUUAUUCAGAGAUUUGAGUGGAUGCUGAAAGAUAUUGGUGUGCUUGUGGAAUCGUUGUAGGACUCUCCCUCCCCCAUUUCUGUUAUUGAAAUAUAUUGUGGCACUCUAAAAACCAAAUAUGCUGGAAUACAAACAAAAUGCAGUGUAUAUAAAGUUUAGUCAACAAUCAGAAACUGACUAUAAUGUGGCUUUAACAUUGUGGUGCAACCUGGUUCAGUUCACUUCUCAGUGGUUGAAGUGUUGAAAAGAGAGUAGGUGACAGAUGAAGCAGGUUCCUUUCACAGAUGCUUGACAUCUCAUUUUACAAUUACAAAAAUUUGCAUUCUAAAGUAACAUUUUGAUAUUAAGAAUUAAAAAUCUGGUUAUUCAAAAUGUAUUAUUUUGCACAAAUACCGUGUAACUUCAAUAGACUUUGCUGGGUUUGUUUUUUAAUAUUUGUUUGCUGUUUUUGUGUAAAUAACAUGCACUAAGGCAGCCUUAUUUAUGGGACCACACUGUAACAGCAAUAACUUUAAGUUUAAAAAAGUGAAUGUCUAAUUUUAGUGAUUUCAGAAUUGUAUUAAGUAAUAUGUUUUUUGUGGUAUCACAUUGUAUCUCCAAAUGCUUAUUUAUUAUAUUCAUUGGAAUAUAUUUUGGAAGUCAUGAAUUAUGAUUAAUUGAGAAACAAAGACCUCUUAAUUGUAUAUCCGCGUGCGUGUCCGCGUGCAUGUGUGAGAGAGAGAACAAACUACUGUGCAGAAUAUUGUUUAAAAUCUGAUUGAAAGCACUGGUUAACUUGCACUCUUAUGUUAAGAUGUUAUCAAAAAUAAUGUUGUAAGAUUUAACUGCUUUAUGAUCAGUGUGAUGGAAGGAAAACCACCCACCACCGUUAUUUGUGGUGUAAACCACACUACUGCAAUAAGCUGUUUUGCACAUUUUCCCCUUUUUGAUUUUCAUGCUCACUUUACUAUGCUGUCUGCUGUUUCAAGAUUUGUUUCUUCUUCGGUAGCAUUUGUGUUAAUGUUGGCUGUUGGCAUUGUCAUCCAUUUAUCAGUGUCCUCAAUUUAAAAGUGUGUAACUUGGACAUGGCUACCAAUUUUCUUUGCUCUUUUCCCUUUGCCCAUCAAACCUACGAUGCAAUGAUUUUUAAGUUGCAUUCGUCUUCUUGGAUUCUAGAUGUGGUUUGCAUUGAUAUAACCAAAAAAUAUCAGAAAUGCGUCAUUUUAGCAAGAACUGCGUCAUAUGUAUCCAGCUGUGCAGUUUAUCAUGGCUUCAAGUUCAAUAACAGUAAUGAAGAGGAUCUUAAUUGUAAUGGCAGUACUGACUUGUGUGUACAAACACUUUCAAUUUAUGCCAUGAGUACUGAAGUGUGCACAUCGUAAACAUCCAGUCCAUUGUUCUGAAAGGCAAAGAGCAUCCUGGGACAUGACAUGAAAUCUUAUAAGCUUAGUCAUAUAACAGUACAGACUAGUAAAUAAUGAAGUAGGCCUACACUUCAUGUUACUGUUUCCUGAACAAUGCUUUUGUGAAAACUGAAGGAACAAGGUGAGACUAUGAACACACUAGAAGUAGUAUUUUAGAGUGACAAAUCAAGUGUUGACUGUGCAAGCAAUCCCACACUUGAAACUUUCAGAAUGAUUAAGCAUGCAAUGAUGCAGCUUGUUCAGGGAGUUAAAUACUGUAAUAAAACACUGAUUUUGAAGAAUCUGAAGGGUGAAUGUUUUUCAAACCAAUCCAAACUUCUCAUUGAAAUCACAAUCUUAUCUGAUCAACUUUGUUGUUCUUUGUUUGUCCUUUUGUCAAAAAUUGCUGCCUUUGUUUGUUUUGUGUUGUGUCAAUGGGGAUGGUAUAGAGAUAAAUGAUAAUAAAGUUGUAUGUAUACCUUAUAUCUUCUCUUCGUUAUUCAGUCUUCACACUGAGACUGGUUUGAAUGGUAAGACUAGCUGUUGAGUCAUGCAUAUAUGUUCUUUUUGUUUACUGCUUUGCUAUCUGUAAGAACCACAGCAAAUAUUUCCUCUAAGACCUAUAAGCACUUCUUUUUUUUUUAUUCUGUUUCGAUUGCGUUGGAACAUUUUCGCACCUAUAUCAUGUCCCCUACCAAAACCACACUCGACCCCUCCCCUUCUACCUAUAAAGCCCAAGGUAAUGUUUUUAGGUCAUUAUACUUUUGAUAUCAGCAUUAUCCCGAGAAGCAGAAUCUGCAGCUACAGUAUGUGCCAUUCAUAUAUUUUCCUUCUUAUUGGACUUCUGGUGGUCACAGGCCUCCAGUCUGGUGUAAUGGGCAACAAUGCCAAAACACCAGCGGAAUGUUGUUUUAAUUACUAUGAAAGACGAAUCCCCCCCGACAGAGUUAAAUCCUACAUAGAGACAAAAACCGAUUGUCCCAAAGCUGGAAUCAU